CUCCUCUUCGUGUGUUUGCACCCCAACAAUGGAUAUGGAUGUGUUUAAUGGUUGGGAGAGAUCAAGAUUUGAAGAUGAAACAAUAAUGCCACCUGGGUUUAGGUUUCAUCCUACUGAUGAAGAGCUCAUCACUUACUACCUCCUCAAGAAAGUCCUUGACUCCAAUUUCUCCUGUGCCGCUAUAUCUGAAGUUGAUCUCAACAAGUCUGAGCCUUGGGAGCUUCCUGAGAAAGCGAAGAUGGGGGAGAAAGAGUGGUACUUCUUCACACUAAGAGACCGUAAGUACCCAACGGGACUAAGGACGAACAGAGCAACAGAAGCUGGUUACUGGAAAGCUACUGGUAAAGACAGAGAGAUCAAAAGCUCAAAGACAAACUCACUUCUUGGGAUGAAGAAGACUCUUGUCUUUUACAAAGGCAGAGCUCCUAAAGGUGAAAAAAGCUGUUGGGUCAUGCAUGAGUAUCGUCUCGACGGCAAAUUCUCUUACCAUUACAUUACUUCCUCCGCUAAGGAUGAAUGGGUUCUCUCUAAAGUAUGUCUGAAAAGCAGUGUUGUCGGUAGAGAGACAAAGCUUAUCCCUUCUUCUUCUGCCGUUCCCGUCGCCGGCGGUGUUAACUGCUCCUCCUCCUCCGCUGGUUCUUUAAUUGCUCCGAUCAUCGACGCCUUUGCGUCGGAGCACGUGUCCUGUUUCUCCAAUACCUCUGCAGCUCACGCUGAUGCGAGUUUUCCUUCUAGUUACCUUCCCGCUCCACCGCCGUCUCUGCCACGUCAGCCUCGCUGCAUUGGUGAUGACGUGGCAUAUGGUCAGUUUAUGGAUUUGGGAUCUUCUGGACAGUUCAGCAUCGACGCAGCGUUUUUACCGAAUCUACCUUCUCUGCCUCCGACGGUGUUUACACCUCCUUCUCAUCAGUUGUUCGCAAUGUACGGUGGCGGGUCUGCCGUGAGUUCCUGGCCGUUUGCGCUCUGAUGAUCGUUAUGCGGUCACAAACUAUCUCUCUACGUUCUACGAAUUGUUGUUUAAUUAAUGGGCGUUUAUGAACUGUCUCUAAUCAUUUGGUUUAUGUGACGUGUUUGUAAUGACUUUAUUAUGCAUGUUUUGUUUUAUGACUUUCUAU